AGAGUUUUUGAAAGAGAGGGUGUGUUCUGUGUUCUAGCCCACCUCCGCCAACCAAUCGACUGUCACUAGUCAUCGAUGAUGCACUGACGUGACUCGCAUCUCAGUAUAUAAAAGUUGAGCUACACCCUUCAAACCACUUGAGUCAUCCCACAGACACUCCUAGGAAAACAAGCCAGCCUUCUUGGGAACAGAAGCACAGAGCACAGCAGUACACGUUCUCUCAUCUCUCCCUCGAUGCCUAUCUCUGAUCUCAGGAUGUGGACUCUACUGCUUGGGGUCAUUUUGGGACUUCUGGCACCUGUUCAGUCCGACCCUGUUCCUGCCUCGACAGAACUUCCAGCUCUGGCUGCUGGAGAUUUUAUUGGGGAAACUUUCAAGUUCUUCAAUAAGCUUGUAGUGGGUCCCCCGGAUGCCAACAAUGGAACAUCCAGCAGUGAUGAAACACUGGACCUAGAUCAUCUGGUGACCCCUGACCCUGUGACAUCUGACCCGGAAGACCAGCUGCCCACCUUUGACCCAGAGGAGUGCAGCACAGAUGAGACAGAGGGCAGCACUACAGAAGGCAGCAUGAAAGACUCCACUUCGGGACAAGACGACGAAGGGGAGCUGUUUGACGCCAACCUUAAACCUAACUUUAACCUCCGCUCCAGUCCAAUUCCUCACCCCAGUCCAACUCCUCAUCCCAGUCAAAGCAACACAGAGGACAAUUAUGAAAAGUACGACUAUGAUUCCAAUCCAAGUGAUAGACCUGAUUCAUCAGAGGAAGAUGAAAUGGGCCUGAUCCUGGAUACUGAAAGCCCCACAGUAGAGUUUGUCCCCACAGCAGAGUUUGUCCCCACAGCAGAGUUUCUCCCCACAGCAGAGUUUGUCCCCACAGCAGAGUUUAACCCCACCACAGAUUUUCAGAUGGAUUUGGAGGAUGUUAACGCAAUCCUUGACCCUAACCCCAGCCCCAGUCCUUAUCCAACUCAUGAUGCUAGCACCACAACAGAGCUAGAGGAGUUCAAGGACGAUAUAUUCAGACCAAACUUUGUCCCCAGCCCUAGUCGUGUACCGGAUCCCAGCCCCAGCCAUAGUCCCAUCUCAGAGUUUGAAGAAGAAGACCUGUUACCUCUUAGCCAUGAUCCAAGCUUUAGUACCACCUCCAGACCUAGCCAAAGUCGAGGGACCAGCCAUACACCUAGUUCUAAACUAACCAGUAUGACAGGCUUGGAGGAAGGCGGGGCUGCGAAGAUGAAUACAGAGCUGGCCUUCACCUCAACCACCAGUUCUGCUGCACCUACAAUAGUCAGGAUGAAUUCAGACAUCGAAGGGUCAGGGUCGGGAUUCCUGCCUCAGAGUAGCACCACAGUAGCAGCCCCUGCUGGUGAGGAGGACCAAACAGACAAUUCCCUAGUCGAUAAGCCAUUAAUUGAAACAAGGACAAGAAUUCAAGGCACCAAUAGGCUUGCUCUACCAAGGGAGGAACCGGCAGUGGAUACCUCUACAGUUCUUCAUGAUGCAGCUGCUGUAAAACCAACCCCAUCCGGACAACAUGAUUCAUAUACAUCGGGUUGGUUGAUCAUCGUUGCCUUCGUCGCAGGCGUUGCCGUCUUGGUCGUAAUCUGUGUUGCCAUAGGUACCAGAGACAGGUGGAAUGCACCGGCCCAGGCAUCUGAGAAGAAGGUCGCCAGAGCGAGCUCAGGAGAUGAGAAGGCGGAGCGGGAAAUGGAGAGGUUUCUGUCUAAAGAGAGGCCAAGGGAAAAUGUCCACGCUGGAGAGUACACUGUUAUACUUCUGGAGGACGUCCCAGAGAAAGAGCCGCUGGACUGAGACGGACCAAGGAGAUGCAGAACGGGGACAAAAUAAGAACAACUGGCACCUUAGAAAUAGAAUGGAACGGGUCUCCCCAUUUUAGUCAAUGGUGGCAUAAUGGGUGGCAUAAUGGGUGGCAUUAUGGGUGGCAUAAUGGGUGGACCCCCCCCCCCCAUUCUUGACACACACGGGAAACUGUUGAGUGUGAAAAACCCAGCAGCGUUGUAGUUCUUGACACAAACGGGUACACCUGGCACCUACCCCGUUCAAAGGCACUUAAUAUUUUGUCUUGCCCAUUCACCCUCUGAAUGGCACACAUACACAAUCCAUGUCUCAAUUGUCUCAAAGCACAAUCCAGUCUCCUCCCCUUCUUCUACACUGAUUGAAGUGAAUUUAACAAGUGACAUCAAUAAGGAAUCAUGGCUUUCACCUGGAUUCACCUGGUCAGUCUAUGUCAUGGAAAGAUUUCUCACAGCAGGAAAAUAAUCCUGCAGCAACUGGAAAUGUGAAUUAUUGUGUGGAUUAUAAUUAAUGGACAUUUUUGUAGGGGUUGAUAAUGCAUUUUGUAGUUACGGCAAAUCAAGUCUGACAUUUUUAAGUGGAAAUGACAAACUUUAGAACUCUUUUUAAACUUUGAAUAACUACAAGUUUGCAUUUCCUACCUUGCAGGAAAUUUGCUGCAACAACCGGGUGAUCAAAUUAAGACCCUACAUCUGUAGCUAGUGAUACAGGAUUCUAUGACUAUGAAUGGAGACAUUAUAGAAUGUACGCGGGACACGUCUGUGGCGUGUGAGUUUGAACUGUCCCUUUGACCUUUGGUAGCCCAGAUAAGUCAGGUUGAUAAACACCUGUACCGAUGGGCUAUGGAUAAACACGUUGCUAUAUCUCUGUUGACAUUAUGUAUAUUAUUAAAGUUACAAACAAGGUCAUACUGAAUUACUAAUUCUCACUCACCGACCAGUGUUGUUGUUAUUGGUGUUGUUGUUGGUGGUGUUGUUGUUGUUAUUGGUGUUGUUGUUGGUGGUGUUGUUGUUGUUAUUGUUGUUGUUUUUGUUUUGAUAUUGCACUAUUUUUUUAUCAACAAAUCUUAUUUGUGUACAUGUUUUUGAUCAUCCUGUAAAAGAAAAUACAGAAUCCUUACAGAAUAUAAAUGAAUGUCUUUCUAGAUGUUUCAUAGUGACACGUACACUCAGGGACUCACAUAAGUGCUACACAGACAGAAUAAGUCAAGUAUAGUAGAAAGUGAAGUCUUAAUACCAACCUACUUAGAGCCCAGCUUUUCACAGCAUUUCCACGGGGUGUAAAAUCCUGCUGACUUGUGGCAUUACAUAUUAUUCAGAUGAAUGCCGGUAUGUGAGUUAUAGUAAGUAUAAUAUACUUUAAACUUCAUGUUGAUUUGUUUAAAGCACUCAGUGUUCUUCUAGUGUUAGACAGUUGUAUGAUUCUCAUUGCAUAGCUACUGCUACAGUAUAACGGAUGCAUUUUUAAAUCAUUACAACACUUCAUUAGUCAGCUACACUAAAUGGAAUGUAGUUUCUCCCUUCUAUUUCCAUGUCUGUUCAUAUAAAGUGUACUGCAGAUCAUUUUAAACUGAGCACUAACUACAGCUACUAGGGUUUAACUACAACUACUACUACCAUGCUUUGCUACUCUGAUAAGUCAUGAAAGAAAGUAUCAGUUUUGAAUUUUUUAUUUCAACAUUUAUUGGUUUCCAUAAUUAUAAGUACACAAGAAGUAGUAAAACACUUUACCACA